AUGCGAGACUUUCAGCACGUGGGUUGCUCCAAUUCAGAGGGUAAAAAGGAUAAUGCCACUACACUACUUCGAGAAGCAUAUUCCUUAUGCACGACCGUUUCGACGCUCAAACGUUCUUUGCUGAAGGACGACUCCAAAGCUCAAGGCAAAUUUAGCGCUGGACUGGAACUUCUCAAAACACAACUGCAAAAAGUUCAGUCUCGUGCGAGAGGACAAGAUUACACCACCGUCUGUCUCAUCGGUCGCUCUGGUAGUGGGAAGACGCAUCUACUGAAUUGGCUACUACGGCACGAUUUUGACUCUAAAGUUGAGCCUGCCCUGACGGAACAAAAAAUGAAAGAAAGUUUGACAGUAACUGUGCUUGAUUCUUUCGAUGAAAGUAUUUACUGGACCCCGCAGUUAUUUCAUCUUGGGUCUUCGCUAGGUACAAGUGACAACAGAUUACCUCAGUUCUAUCCACAACUCGACAAGCAAGAUGUCAGCGCCGGUAUAUUGCCGGAGGGAGACAUGCUUUGCACUACAAAAGUACCUAUUCACGUAUUCUAUGGUAACCAUGCAAGAAUAACUUUUGCCUACGCUUCGCCCGCCCAAGUUGACAAUGAACUCAAGAAGUUAUUAGCGGCUCGUAAUUUACAGAGGUCUCAGAGACAGCACGAGCUUUUGUAUCUUGAAGGUGUCAUCAGUGGUACAGUAGGAUCCAAAAGUAACUUCUGUCCGUCUUUGAUUUCAAACAAAGAUGAACGUCUUCAGCGAGCACUUUCCAUGCUAGGAUUUCCCUCCUCUUUUGAUAUCACCGAGCUAACGGACGAUGAUGUUCUAUUGCCAGAACACGUUAUGGCAACUCUGGGGCGCGUUUUUACCUGUAGUUUAAAAAAUUGCACAUCAUUUCAAGAUCUCGUAUACAUCAAGAAUGUUCUGCAUAGCGUGACAUGUGGUAACCACUCGCGCUGGGGACUUCUGAAUUUUAUAUCACUCGAGAUCCCGAGCACUCGCUUGAAAUCAGGUGUCGAAAUUGUUGAUUUGCCAGGUUUUGAAGGGGAGCUAUUUGACGAUUCCUGUCAUAUUAAGAAAAUCAUCGGAUGCACGACACGUUUGAUUCACGUGUGUGAUGAAAGGAAACUCGACGGUGACUUCUCAAAACUUUUUACGGAACAGUUCCUUCAUAGAAUGAUACGAGAAGAAGAUGAAUUUCGACUCGUGAGUGUUUGCAAUAAACGGUACCAGAAAGCUGCUGACGAUAUUUCCACCGAAAGUUUACUUAAGGUAAAGUCACGUGGCUUAGAUUUCAACAUAUCUUAA